AUGCAAUCUAGGAAUCUGUUCCUAGGGUUUGCAGGUAUUGUGACCGCAGUUUCGAUGUGGGGCAUUUGGGGUGGAGACAUGUUCCCAGCAGAAAAGGAUCCCAAGGGUGACCCAGAUACAUGGACUGAGUCAGAGCUGAGGAGAUGGCUAGAAGCUCGAGGUCUCCUGCCUAGUGGCAAAGCAUCGAAAGACGAUCUCUUGGAACGCGUCAAAGCAAACAUGAAGCCUGCGGCGAGGCCAUGA